AUGAUGAGGUAUAUAAAGAAUGCUCCAGCAAAUACCAAUGACACCAACUGCUUCAAAGUUGCAGCUAUAAAUGCACUAAAGAUGGUUGGUGUGGAGGAAGACAUUGUGGAUGCCCAGAUUGCAUCUGCAAUAGAAGCAUGCAUGGAGAUAUAUGCUGAUGAUGAUUGUGUUCAAUCAGAGUUGAAUGUAUCUGGCAAAAAUCCUUCAACCGAAAUAGUAGUUUACAAUCCAGACAUGGCAACUGCUAGGACUGAACAAAUAGAGAUACGUUCAAAUGCUGAGAAGAGAAUAUCAGCUGCAUUGAAAUCUCCAUUCCAUGAAAGGGUGGUCCAGGCCAAAACCAACAGACAAGGCUCUAAGAGUUUUAUACCUGGUCAUGCAUCCAAAUCAACUGAAGUGUCUGUUAAGAGGCGUAGGUGUCGGUCGUUUAGGUGUGAAUGUCUUGCUAAGCUCAACUUGAGAUAUUUUUCAGAUGGUAUUAACAGCGGGUAUGAGGUUUAUCAGUUUGUUGAGUAUCAUAAUCACUUAAUGGUUGCGGAUGAGCAUAGGCAUUUUAUGACGGCCAAUCGCAGUCUGGAUCCUAUCCAUCGAAGUUUUAUGGAGGAUUGUGGCAGGUGUAAUAUUGGUCCCACUCAAACAUUCAAACUUUUGAAGGAGAUAAUGGGUGGACCUGAAAAUGUUGGAUAUGCUCAAAUGAUUUUUGAUUAUAUGCGUUCUCAAAGGGAAUUAUCUGAUGCCUUCUAUUAUGAAAUUGAGGUAGGAUCUCAUGGAAAGUAUUGCAUGAUUUUUGCUCCAUUCACUGGAAAAGAUAACCAUUCCAGAGCAGUUACAUUUGGAGCUGGAUUGUUAUCAAGUGAAGGCAGAGACUCAUAUUCUUGGUUGUUUGGUUGUUUUGUUCGAUGUAUGGGGAUUGCACCCAAAAUGAUUAUCACUGAUCAAGAUUGGGGGAUGAAACUUGCUGUUCAACAAGUACUUUUACAAACAAGGCACCGAUGGUGCAUGUGGCAUAUUAUGGUUAAGGUGUCAGAUAAGUUGCCCAAAUCCUUGCUUGGUAGUGAAGAUUUCAAAAAAGAGUUUAAUGCAUGUGUUUGGUCUGAUUUGUUAGAGCCUGAUGAGUUUGAUAUAAUAUGGAAUGAUAUUAUGGAACGGUAUGGAUUAGAAGACGUCCACUGGUUUGGAUCGAUGUUUGAAGAUAGAGAAUUAUGGGUUCCUGCUUAUUUUCGAGAUUUUCCCAUGGGGUCGCUUCUUAGGACUACAUCGAUGUCUGAAUCAGAGAAUAGCUUUUUUAAAAACUACACAAAGCCUCGUGCAAAUCUUGUACAGUUCAUGAAUUUCUUUAAUCUGCUGUUGGAGAUCAAAGGAAUGCCAAUUCACGAUUGA